UGUUAUUGAAAAUGUCAUCUAGUGCUAUUAUUUAUGAUCGUCAAAUAAGACUUUGGGGUUUACAAACACAGUCAAAAAUAUUGAAAAGUAAAGUAUUUUUAUUCGGAUAUCAUUCUGGACUAUUAGAAGAACUUGCAAAGGACCUUGUGUUGACAGGAGUGGGAACUUUGGUGAUUGGCAAAUACUCUGAGUAUACGGAGACAUCUGGACAACCCAAGUUUGUCACUUAUUUGGGUCACGAUUUGGAGGAACUGGUGAAAGCCUUAAGUGUCUUGAACCCACGUGCACAGAUUCAGACAGUCAAUACUUUUGUGGAGAAGCAUUUUUCUGAAAAGGUUGAAGAACAAAACGAUAUCCAAAUAGUCUCAAGACUCAUUGAAACCAAAAGUUUUGAAAUUUGUUGUUUGAUCUGUGAAAGAAUUGGAUGUCCUGUUGCUUUUGCCUUGAACAGAAUUUGUAGAGAUAACAAUACCUUAUUUGUAUAUGCUGAAGUAAUAGGUGCUUUAGGUUUCCUCAUAUUGGAUCUUGGUUCUCACUACACCUAUCAUUACUUGAACAAAAGCAGCAAACGAGCUUCCAGACUGAGAUCUACCAACAGAAAUGAAGUGAUUGCUUUAGAUGAUAGUGAUUCGGACAGUGCACAAGUUGAUAAUCAUUCCUAUUCUAUGUCCAUUGAAAAUGAACGAACACUUGAAUAUCCCACAUUGGAACAAGUGUUAAGCAAUAUACGACAAAGUCCGUAUCCAUUAUACUUUAGUUUUCUUGCUUUUGUGAGAAGAUGGAAGGAAGAAUACUGUAUGACUUCACAAGACUGUUUAGAAGAUAGACAGAGACAGUUCGAAAUGUUUUUGCAGCUUCACAAGAUUGACAUAAAAAAAUCUGAGUUGCAGUCAUCAUACAACUUUUGUUCCUUUAUGAAUGUAGAGUUGAUAUCAGUUAGUUCAUGUUUGGCGGGGGUCCUUGGAAGAGAAAUUGUCAAGUUGAUAAGUAGAAAUGAGAAACCUAUCUUUAACACUUUUAUAUUCGAUGCGUUUUCUUGUUUAGGAAGUAUUGUGUAUAUUCCUUCUACAAAAGUUGAUCGAAAACGUUCGAGAGAAGAUGAAAAGGAGGAUUCCACUGUCUACGAUAUCUAAAAUAUGUUAAGAAUGGAAUGAGAUACUU